AUGACGACUGAUCGAAUGCCUCCGUCGCUGCUUGGACUGGGCCGCGACAUUUUGGUGAUGCACAUCUUGCCUCAAAUGGACGCCAAAGACAUCAGUUCACUAAUGCAAACCUGUAGAGAGCUGGCUAAGGAUCCAGCUGUUAGGCAUGCUAUCUACAAUGCUAUCUACAAUGCGAUGUUCCCGCCACCAGAGGCCAUGCCCCCGAUUCCGCAAGUAGGCUGGGAAGAGCGCUGGAACGAUCGCUGCAGUUCUCGUAUUUACGCGUGGGGUAAGGCAAGUUAUGGGCGUAUUGGAGCGGCCUUGUCUGAUGUAGAUCAAGAUCAUCGUUGUAGACGUGGGGUGAAUCGUCCCUGGCCAGUUCAGGCGUUUUCAGAUGUUGUGGUGCGCGAUAUAGGCUGUGGUGAGUACUUUACGGCGGUUCUAUCGACCGACGGAGAAAUCCUGCUGGUAGGCGACUUUGACGUCCAUCUGCGAGGAGUCAGCCCACCAAUGCGGCUGAAGGCAUCCAAUGCCAAAUUCACGGCAAUGUCCUGUUGUAAGUCAUAUCUGUUAGGACGUGAUUCUGCCGAUAAUAUUUACAUGUGGCACAAAAAACAAGAGCCCGAUGGUGUUUUCCUUGAUUUUGGCGGUCUCAAGGUCCAAAGAAUGGUUGCAGACUCCAGUUUAUUAGCAGUGAUCACGGACGAAGGAGGUGUCGCGAUAUGGGAUCCACCGCGAGCUUGGUGGAGCGGAAGAAUCAGGGCGACCGGAACGUGCGAGGUGAAUUAUCUUGUGGUUCCACACACCGGAGGAGGAGGGAAAGGAGCGGGCGACUGGGGAAUCGGGCGAGUCGUGGACAUGGCGGUCGGGGCUUCGCGUAUAGCAAUGAUAACGCAAAACGGUGAACUGUUCACCACGGAAUACGAUUAUGUAAGAGAGAUUGUGUCUGCUCCCGAGUACUGUGCCGAUAUCCACGCUGCCGUCAACGGCGAGCGCAUUACCAAGGUCUAUAUACUAUUCGGCCGGCUGGUGGCCGUAACCGCAAAUGGGCAUGUUGUGCAGGCGCAAUAUGGUAUGCAGUUGACGGAGGUCGAGCUGCUGGAUCUCGACGACGUCGUGCAAGUCGCCUUGGGCCACGUCCACUGCUUAGCACUAACUACGAACGGGUCAAUUUACGCGUGGGGCACAGAUGACAAAGACUGCGGUUCGUUUGGAAUGGAUACCGCCCAGAUAAGCGCUGCAGGCGGCGAGAGAACAUCCGAGAUGUUUCGUGUGGGCACCAGGUUGGCCAAACCAACCCGGGUGCACGCUCCACCCAUGUACCGGAUCGCAGCAGGAGCCUACCACUCUGUGGCAGUAGGGAAGAGGGAGUGUGAACGUCAGGAUUGA